CACUCAUAAGUUUAACUGAUUAGUUAAAAGUCGUUUGGGGGAAUUUUUAAAAAAAUUCGUAUUUCCCUACUUGUUAUUUUUCAAAAUUAUUUUUUUUAAAGUAUUUGUGAAGAUUUAGAAUAUUAUAUAGGUAUUGUUUCUCUGUGAUGAGAUGUUACUUUACAUUUAACUGAGGUAAACGCCGCACCGUGUUCUACAUCCGUAGCAUAAUACUAGUUAAAAGUUACAUGACUGUAAUAAACUACCUUCCCUAAGGAAAGAAGAAGAGCUUUUACUUUGCAAAAUUUUCAAGUGAUUUUGUACUUCAUCAUGGAAAUUGGUAACGAAAUAAGCCAGAAGAUCCGAUCAGCAAUCAAAGCAAAGUUAGUGGAGCUUGGAGCUUAUGUAGAUGAAGAGUUGCCAGACUACAUCAUGGUGAUGGUAGCGAACAAAAAGAGCCAGUCACAGAUGUCCAUGGACCUUAACCUUUUCCUUGGCACGAACACUGACAAAUUUACUUCGUGGCUUCAUGGUCUUCUAGCCAAAUUACAAUCCCUAACAUCAGUGUCUACAUUGGAUAAGAGUGGCUUACCAAAAGCAGGCAAGCAAAAAUCUGAUCAACCUGUAGAUGCUAGUUCCAGUAGCACGAGUGGCAAAAGCUACACCAAAGACGGUGAUGAAAUUGAUAUGCAUAAAGGACGAAAACUAUCAUCUACAUCUGAAGACAAGCCCGAGUCAAAAAAAGACACCAGGAAGCGAAAAUCAGUUGAUGAUCGCAAGUCCAUAGAAAAAUUAAAGCAGGAUGAUUCCCAAAAUACAGAAUCAUCAGCAGUUUUAGAAAAAGCAGAAGAACCUACCAAAAGGCUUGAAAUAAUGAAAGAUGAAACUCCACUCCACUCACUGUCAGCAGGAGGGAAAAUAGAUACAUUUUCACAAGCAAAGAGUGAAGCGAUUCAGAUUGGGUUGGAUGAAGAUUAUUCAGAACUGAUCUUGACAGAAACUGAUGAGCUAGCAGAAGAAUUAGAGCAAGAAGCAGGCAUUAAUCUUUUAAACAAAAAAGAUGACGAAAAACAAGUCAUAAGUCAAGCCAGUGAGAAUGGAGGCACACUCAAAGCCAAGGUGUCUACAAUAACUUUGGCUCCAGCAGGCUCAAAUAGAGAGUCAACCCCACAGUCGCCAUCAUCCUUGCAGGCCAGGCCUAAAGCUGUUACAUCACCCAUACGGCAAACUACUUCACGCCAGAUUGCAACUAAAGUCGUUGCACCUCAUAUCUCAGAAUUAUUCACGAGAAGAAAACGUGCUCCAAUAUCUGUGGUAGGCUCUGUAUCUCACAAUACAGAAGAAGAAGAUGAAGCCUAUGACCCAUACAAUCCUGCAGUUGGAAGUGUUGCUAGCAUUGUCAAAGUCACUGCAAGAAAGUCAAGUGUACCUCUAAAUCUUCAGGCAAACAAGUCCUUACUUCUGAGGGCAAUCAAUGAAGCAGAAAAGUCAGUAGAGUCUCUGAGGCGAGUAGCUGUCACACCUGUCAAACCCAUCAUCAGAUCAGAGGAGAAACAAAAGGAAGAAGAAAGACAGGUUAAAAGACAAUCACAUGUGAUAUCUAAGGUUUCUAAAGUGUCCCAGCCUAAUCCAAGGCUUGCACAGAAGAGCCUCCGCCAAGCCAUAGAUCAGCCCAAACCCAGCCAUCAAACAGAGUACCCUGUCUACAUACCCACUCGCAAAGUUCAUCCUUCUCCGAAAGUGAAUGUUGGCGAGCGAAUAGGGCUUAUCUCCAAGUCCAGGCGAGAGGAAGCAGCUAAGCAAGCAUUGGCAACUGAAAAAAAGGAUCUAGCAAGGACAUUAGCACCAACAAAGAGAAAACUUCCGUCCAGUUUUAUAAUCACAAGGAAACGUGAAGUGGAGCCACUAUUAAGUAGGAAGAAGCAGCCAUCAUUGCUACCAGAAAAAGUCACAAAGCAUGCAAAAUUGGACGAAGCUGUGAUUGAUAGCCGAGUUGUUGAAUAUGAGCCAGAUGAAGCUUUAUCUUUGCAGGAAGAAGAGAAAUCAGUUGUUUCUGCCAGCAGCACUGAAGCUACUAGCCAGGGAAUACCAGAGAUUUUAGAUGAUGUUGAAAAUGAUGAAUUUAUUCUGGACCAGGAAGACAUGGAUUUGGCAGAAAAUGAAAGUAGUACUCUGCUUGAAGAAGAAGACAUGAGAGACGUUAACGUAAAAGAGAAACAGAAAGACAAAACCAGAUUUGUUGUAACAUUAGAUGGUGUUGACAAUGAGCAGUAUGAAAAAACAAUGGAGAUACAGACUGAGCCUCAGAAGAAAUCCCUGUUAGAGGCUGAUGAGGAAAUGGUUCCCAUGUCCCAGAUAAAGGACACUGCUCCCACUCGCAUCUCUCCUCCCAAAAUUCAACCUUUUUCCAUUAAUUUAAAGGACUCAGAUGAAGAGGGGGAAGUAAUGCAGGAUGAAGAAGAGACUUUACCUUUGAAGAAGGCCAAGAUGACGGAGCGCUGUAAAUUCUGGCCAGCAUGUGUGAAUGGUGCAGCUUGUGAGUACCAUCACCCAACUGUACACUGCAAGACUUUUCCACUAUGUAGAUUUGGAGAUAAAUGCCUGUAUAUCCAUCCGAACUGCCGAUUUGAUUCUAAGUGUGUGCGUCCAGACUGCCCUUUCACGCAUUCAAGUCGCCGCUCCUUUGUCACACAAAUUAUUCCACGACCUUCAGUUCCAGUGAUGAUUCCAGUGCCACCCCCUCGCAGUACAAACCCUCCACAAUGCAAGUUUUUCCCAUCUUGCAGCAAUAUGAACUGUCCAUUUUUUCAUCCCAAACCCUGCCGUUUUGGUAUGAGCUGCAAGAACAGAGAACUCUCUUGCCCUUUCUUUCACCCACCCCUUCCAUCAAAGGACAAACUCAAGUGGUCUGCUGAAAAGGAAAAAAGUGUUUCAUGAUCAAGGUUAUGUAAAUCACUAGGUGUUUUUAUUAACCAUCUUUUACAUUUUUAUCUAGUUCAUUUUCAUCUACUGUGAUUUAGAAAUUUAGGGAAAAAAAUUAACCAAAUAUUACCGGAUGAUUAAACUGCUCUGUAAACACUCUCAUUUUUACAAAGUGGUACAGUUCACCAUUCAGUAGUAUUUUUGUUGCUAUUUGAAUGUGCACAGAAUCUAAAUAUACACACUCCUUGGAAUUUUGCAUGCAUUCACAUGCAAGUUCAUAGAUUUGCAUGAACAUAUCCAUGCGUGUGCACACAUACAUUUUCAGGAUUUGUCAAUGUUGCUGCCUAGUUUGAUUACAAGGAGUGUGGGGCAAUGUUAAGAGGAAAAUUAAUCUGUACUAGUAUAAAAAGAAAUAUAAACCAUUAAAUGAUAGCAUUAGUGUUCAAAGAGUGAAACAUAAAGCAAAUCUUGAUUUUUUUUUUUUCUGCAAUGAAAAUGAAUGGUGAAAGUUGAAUUCAUCAAAAGGUAGCUGUAACUUUUUUACUGUCACCAAUAUUUUGAAUACAUAAGACAAACAUGUUGUAAGGUGUAUGUACUGUUAAAAUGUUUUGAUGGUUUAUUACAAAUACAAGGUAGGCUUGGAAAAUAAUUUUAGUUAUUAAAAGGAGGUUUACUUCAUGCUAUUCAGCCUUUUGAUUAUUUUUCAGUGAGAUGCAGUUAAUAUACUAUCUUUGGCCAUCCUUUUAGUAGACAAUUGACAUAAACUCACUGUCUACUGUGACAGUAGCAGACUAUUUCACAGUAUAAAGUGUAUGAUUCAAUGUAUUAAUGUUAAUGCAAUCAUCAUUCCCUUUCUCAUCUAUAAAUUCAUCUUUUUAUGUAAAUGAUAAGCCUUCAUUAUGAAAUGUCGAGUUUUACAGAUUCUGAGAGCAGCUUUAAAACAGUUUAAAACAAUCUUUUGUAAGAAAUGUUAUAGUUGAUUUCAAUUAGGACAAACAUUCAUAUGUACAGAACAUGUUCAUAUUGUUACAGUGGAAUUAAUUCAGUAUGUAUGUUUUUUUCUUUACUCAUCUUUUAAGAAAAUAGUGACAAUAUGAAGCCCCUGUAGUUUAUUUUAAAAUUAGUUUUCUGAAGGUGUUAAUAUUUUGGUGAUGAAGCUAAAAAGAUUGAUAAAACACACGUUUUACGAAUUUGCACAUAUAAGGUAAAGGAAAAGGAACUGUGUAAAAUCUACUUAAAUGUUUGUCAGGGAAAUCUGAAUGAGAAGAUUUGUUUACUUGAGUCAAUAAGUAGUUGUUAAGUUUCCUUUCAGAAAUGGUAAAGUUACGAUAAUAGCAACAUUCGUAUGACCUGCCUCUACUUCUGUGGAUUGUAUGUGUGAAGGAUGAACAGUUCUGGGUUCUAAAAUAAGUAUUACCCUGGGUUUUUCUCAGUUGCACAAAGAUGUUUAAACUCUCGUAUGUGGGAUUGUUAAUACUUUCAUAAUCUUAACUAGCCACUUUGCAGUAUUAACGUGAUCACCAAUCAGAAUAUUAACGUUAUCAUUUUAGAGUAUGCAUCAGCGUUUUCUGUUUCAACUUUGAAAAGUUUCAGAGACAUAAAAGACUUGUUUAAAAAAAA